AUGACUGAUGUUGCAAAUUCUCGCAGUGCGAGUUUAGUAGAUAGUGCUUCCGAUUCCGAAUCGAUCACCGACUGCCUACAAGAAAAAUCUGAUGAAAUCAGUAACGUCGCGUCCGACAUUAGUUCAAAUACGGAUGAUAUCGUCGGAAAUGGAAUUACUAUAAAGAUAACCACUGAUGAUGCAGUUAUUGUCAGUGCGGAUGCUACUGAUGAUCGGCAGAACAAGAGUAACGACGGAGCCGUUUCGAUCGGUAAGCACAACCUUUAUAAAAAUCGUAAUCAUGGUUCUUUCUACCCUGGUCAUCACAGAUUGGCUUCUUUACCUUACACUGGAAUUCCUUAUUCUGGAUUUAGUCAAGAUGAGGAUUUACCCUUAAAUUUUGAUGAUCCUUUGGUCGAUGACUCUUCAUAUCCAAGAUUUGGUCUUAAAAGCGAUUCGGAUUGGGAUAUCUCAUCUCCAAUGUCUUCAACUCCAGGCUAUCCUUCGUCUCCAAGUUCUAUCGAUCCGUUUACUUCUUUACCAUUAUCCCCCAAUAACUUUAUGCAUUCUUUCCUAGAUGACGAUGAAUUGGCAGAAAAACAAUUGAUGUUGGAAGAGGAACGCAUGAUCCUUCAAAUGAGACGUCAAGAACUAGAUAAUGCUAUCUAUAAAUUGCAUUAUCAAAAUUUUGAUUCAAGUUUAAACCAUUCUUUGUCUUCUUUGAUAGAAACAAGAUAUAAACGUUCUCAAACUCCACCUCAAACAAAAAGUUCUUCAUCCACAACACCUUCUUUAUCAAGACAAACUAGUUUUACAAAAAAUUUAUCUCCUCCACCUCCAAGAUUUCAACCCAUUGGCCUUCCCGUUAAAAAGCCUACAGCUUGUGAUUAUUCGGUUUCUUCUACAAUGUCAAGCUCGGCUCCUUCUCAUUCUACCUUUUCUUUAUUUUCUAAAUCCCCUGGGCUCUCGCUUAAUCAUACUUUCUUACCUACCGUUAAUGAACAAAAACUGUCCUCUGAUAUGAGUGAAGUUCUCGACGAUGAUAAAUUAAAUGAGUUCUCCUCGUUCGGUUAUCCAUUAACUCCUUCUGGUACUCCUCCUAAAAAUGAUAGCCGAGACUUUAUUCCUUCUUCACUUCAUCUUUCUACCAAUCAUUUCAGCCCUAAAGUUUGGUCUAAUAAUAAUGAUGUUGAUUUUACUGCCGUUUCUCCUCGUUCGAAAUCUUUUCGAUCUUUGCCAAAACGUGAUUAUUAUAGCGCUCCAACAACUCCAAAUUAUUAUACUCCGCCUACUCCUCAAUUUAAUCGAAGUCCUCAACAUACUUUAAAUCCAUUGUCUAUUGGUCAGUUCACUAGAGCUAGUUCGUUGUACUCUUCUCCGGUAGAUGAACGUGAUGAGUUAUGGCAUGGUGAUGAAGCUUUUAACCCUAUUUUAACUCCUCCUCCUGAAAUUCCUCCUAUGAAUAAAUUCUCACCUUCAAUUAAUAAUGAGAAUAACUUGUUCAAUAAAAAUAAUUCAUGCCACCAAUUCCAUAACAUUGUUCAUCCUAAAUUACUUUCUCCAACUCACAAAACUGGCGGGGAAUUUUUUUCUUUGGAUGGUAAUCAAGCUACUUCUGAUUCACAUUAUAAUGGUUUAACUCAUGAUAAAGGGAUUAGAGUAAAUGGACUUUAUAAACUUGAAGUCAUAUAA